CGGAUACGGGGCGCCCGUGGCGAUCUUAUCCGAAUCGGCCGCAGCAGGUUGUAUUCUAUCAAGGCUAAAAACACCGUCUUCAACGCCUUCCAUUGGCUUCGCACUUCGUUGUGCACGUCACUGGGCUCGAAUACCUCCAUGGUUGCAGCGCGCUGUUGCUCGCCUUGAAGCGCCUUGUCGAAGUGUCGGCGAAAGCUGCCCAGCAGCAAGUGCCCACUGCGAUCUUUGGGUGCGAUAGCGCGACGCUUGACAUGCGAUAGCAAUAUCAAGUACAAGUUGCGUGUUUUUAGGGCUUCAGAUGAGGCCUUUGGCGCACACAACGUGUCGGUCGGAGCGACAGAGCAGCAGCAGCAGAUGGACGACGAUGCGGGCGUGGUCGAGUUCACCUCGGACGCGCAGCUGAUCGAAGGAAGCGAUGCGGUUAUGGCCUCGACAGCGGAGACAGGGCUCGUCCUUGUGCCGUCACCGGCCGUCCGCUUCAAGCAGCUCGAGAAAAACACGGACUUGAACUUGUCGCCAACCGCCAAGGAGCGCCGCGUGCACCAAGCGUACCUCCAGCAGCUACAGGUGCCGCUGCGCACGCCUCGCCAGCCACAGAUGUCACUGCGCCUCCAUCACGGGCGCGUCGAGCUCGCCGGCUGCGGCUACGAGUACGGCCUACCCGAGACGACGCCGUACCGUUCGAUGCCGGGCGCCUCGGCGCCGUCGACCGCGUCAGACGACCUACCCUCCUCGGGCAGGACGUCGCCCAAGGACAUGCCCGACGUGCAUUUCCUCGGGCCCGCCGAGAGCAUCAAGACGCUCUUCAAGCUGCCGUACUCGCGCAGCCGCGUCUCGCUUGCGAUCCACCGCGUGGGCAACACGCUCGUCGUCGACGGCGAUGUCGACGAGACGGACCUUCCAAAGGGCUUUGACGAGUGCAACGAAGUGCUCCGCAUCGGGCAUAGCACGCCGCUCCUCGAGCAGGACCCGGCGCUUUUUGAGAACUUUAUCUACCAGAGCACGCUGGCGCUGCCGCCGCCUGAAGCCGACGACGAUGAGUUCGCGCCCGCUGUCUCUCUCGAGCCCAAGGCCAAGCCGUCCAAGGCCAAGCUCUCGGCCAAGGAGAAGAAGCGACGGGCGAAGCGCAAGAAGCAGGCGCAGCAGCAGCAGCACCCGAGCCUGUCGCCCUUGCAUCGACCGCCAUGGGAUGACGAUGCGACCGAAGAGGAUGACACCACGUCGUCAUAUGCGUCGUCGUCCUCGCCGCUGCCCAACGUCGUCCCUGCGUUCCAGCGCAUUUUGAAGUGGAAGUUUCACGACAUGCAAAUGUUACUCGGCAGCGACGUGCAGCUCUUCAGCAACAAGGAGCACCCGUCCGUGUCGCUCAAGCUCCAUGACGCCGACCAGGACCUCUCGCUCUGCACAGUCCUCGACUACUACCUCGACAACGUCAUUGCCAACAUUCCCGAACUGGCGAUUUGCAUGCAUUCAAAAGGCCACGUGCGCGGGUACCAGCUCGUCGAGACGCGCGACAUCCCGUACCUCAACGGCUCGUCGACGCCGCUCUUUGAUGUCCACGACGUCAACCUCAACGCGACGAUGCUCUUCAAGUUCCUCCAAAACAACUGCUCGGAAGCCAACGGGACGUACUGGCUGUACCGAGCAGAAGGCGACUUCUCGCUCCGCCUCUACGACGUGCGGAUGCUUGCGCGCGGCCAGCAAAGGAAGUGGAAGUACAUGAUGGCGAUGCUCUGCUACCGCUUUGCGUCGCGCGCGGCGCGGCUCAUUUCCUCGGCGUUUGAAGCGCCGGCCCUUCAGACGCGGCUCCGGCACCGGCAGCGCGAGCUCUUGGGUACGUGUCUUGAGCUCCUGAAAGAGCUGCGUCGCGACCAUGGCGGGUCCCGCGCGCAAGACUCGAUCUCGGCGUCGGUCGCCGAGCAAAUGGCCGACACGUACCUCCGCGAACUCGACGAGAGCAGCAGCGAAAGUGAAAAGGCUGCGCACCUCCGCAGUGCCAAGCUGCAUUUGCAGACGAGCAUCCGCGUGCUCGAGGGCUGCGUCGCCGACUACUUUGCCGAGAAGGACGCCAAGCACCACGCCACCGCGUCCACAGGCGGCCUUCCGCUCUCCGAGACCGUUCUCUCAUCGCCGACGCUUCGGGGCGGAGGACAUGAGAGCGGCAGAGAGGAGGAUGACGACGACGACGAAGAUGACGCCGUGGGUCUCUUUAUGGAAGAAGAAGUGAGUCGACUUCAGCUCAAGCAUGCAUCAACCGCAUUGCACCUCGCUGCCGUGUACAUGGAGAACCACGCGAUCGCUGAUGCCCUCCGGAGCCUCCACGACGCCUGCGGGUUCCUUCGCUUCGAUGCACUCCCGCCCCCGACGCCGCUCGCGCCCGUCGACUCGAUUGCGUUCUUCCACUCGUUCCUGGACGACCUCGAUUUUGGCGGCGUCGGCCACGCCAAGUCGAAGACGUUCCUCAAGCCGCUCUACAGCGAGACCGAGGUCCGCGCCAAUGUACUCGAGGCGCUUGGCGACCUCGCGAGCAGCCAGCGCCUUGGCGACCUCGCGCCCGCUGUCGCGCUCACCUACCAGCUACUCACGUCGGCGGUUCGGCCGUCGACCAUGACCAGUCUCCAGCAGGCGUUUGCACCGGCGGCCUUUGGCGACCUCGUGGCAGCCCAUCGAUCUCUCCUGGACGCGACGACAAACGUCUCGUUCUUGGCCUACCUGCGUGCGCUCUCGCCGCCCGUCAACGCCGAACACUACUUCGUGCUCAUGAAGAAGCUCGGGAACGCCGCCAACGAGACGGCCAAGUCGUUCUUGGCGCAGAAGGACUUGCAGCAAGCGUACUUGUGGUUUGAAGGCGGCAGUCUCCUCUUUGAAGCGAUCGAAGACGGAGCGAAUGCGGCGCUGCUCUGUGCCAACUUGGCCAACUUGCACAAGAUAUUGGCCGACGCGGAUGGCCGCCAGGAGGAGCACUACGCCAAGGCGGUCGGUCUCUGCACCAAAGCCCACGCGCUCUUAAAGUCGUCUCGAGCGAGUGAAGUCCACGCCAAAGUCACGGGCGAACUCGCGCUCACGUACCUCGUGUGGGCCGUGCGCUUGAGCUUGAACGCGCCCGUGCACAGCGACGCCGAGACCAAAAUCGCCGCCAAGUUUAACAAGGCGCUGCAUUUGUACCUCGAGAUCAACGACGCGCGCCAAGUGGCCUCGACGCACUAUCAAAUGGCGUCCUUCUACAGUCGGCAGCUGGUCGGGAAGCUCGAGGCGACAACGCGCACCAAGAUGGAGCUGGCGCGACGCCACUAUGAAAAAGCGCUCUUGUACUUUGGCGUUGUCGACGUCGGCAAGACGUUUGUCAUCAUCCACCAAGAACUCGCGGCGCUGUACGCAGCCUCGGACAAGGCCGAGGACAUUGAACACGCGCUGCUCGUGCUCCUCAACACGUACGAAGCGUACUCGAAAAGCCACCGCUUGUCGCUCGACGACCGGACGACGUUGGCGACGGUUGCGCCGAGCAUCCUCGAAGGCGUCCAGACCUACCUCCUCCGCCUCGUACGCGCGCCAUGUGCGACCAAGAGCGUCAAGCAGAGGAGCAGCGUCUUCAAGCAAAUGUACAAGGAAGCGAUCUGCCACCGCGACGCGCCGCUUGCCCAAGUGCUCUUGACGUUGCGCAGCUUGUAUGCGUCCUAAUGUACGUGGUUGACCGGCGAGUCGGGCAGAAAUACAAACAAGUUGACCAAUCUACAUGGAA